AUGCAGCUUCUGCAUACAGUAUCCCUACUGGGCGUGACGGGAAUUGCCACUGCUCAGCUACAAGGUUUCAACUACGGCUCAACGAACAACGACGGUUCAUGCAGACACUAUGCCGACUUUGUGAACUUCUUCAAUCAGGCGAAGAACUUAGCCGGUGCCCCUGGUUUCGCAUCAGCCAGGCUCUAUACAUCUGUCCAGUGCGGAACCGCUGCCGACCCUAUCGAGGCCUUCCGGGCCGCGAUCGACACGGACACGUCGAUACUAGUUGGCCUUUGGGCCAGCGCAGGCCGAGAUGCCUACACGAAUGAGCUCAAUGCCCUGCUUCGGGGCGCCCGAGAGCUUGGUACACCGUUCACGGAUCGCAUUAUCGGCAUAAGUGUGGGAUCCGAGGAUCUAUACCGAAGCAGUGCACAAGGCCAAGCGAACAACGCCGGGGCCGGCGCGACAGGCGCCGAAAUCGAGGGGUACAUCGGCUGGAUGCGCGACUGGAUUAAGGGAACCCUGCUGGAGAACAAGCCCAUCGGACACGUUGAUACUUGGACUGCGUGGAUCCUGCCCGAGAACCGCGGCGUUGCAAACUCCGUCAACUGGCUGGGUCACAACUCGUUCCCGUACUUUGAGACGACCAAGCCAAACUCGAUUGAUCAAGCUGCGGAGAACUUCCGGACCGCAGUCGCGAACACCGAGGGUGUAGCCAGUGGCAAGGCCGUAUGGGUUACAGAGACGGGUUGGCCUCAUGUUGGACCCAAUUCUGGAGCAGCAGUGGCUUCGCUGGAGAAUGCGAGGAGAUAUUGGCGUGAGGUUGGGUGUACACUAUUUGGACAACGCAAUACGUGGUGGUACACGUUAAAGGACGCCAACACUGCUCAGACUGACAUCUCAUUCGCGGUCACCCCGAUCGAAAACAGUACACCUAUCUUCGACUUGGCGUGCUAG